GGGGCGGGCUUUGGAUGAAGGGACGGCGGUGGGAAAGAUGGCGGCGACUUUGCGGGCCUCCGGCUGGUGGCACCGGUGGCUAUGUCGUUUGUCGGCUCGGGAUGGGUCCAGGAUGUUACUCCUUUUCUUUUUGUUGGGGUCUGGGCAGGGGCCACGACAAGUCGGGGCGGGUCAGACGUUCGAAUAUUUGAAGCGGGAGCAUUCGCUGUCGAAGCCCUACCAGGGUGUGGGCACGAGCAGUUCCUCCCUGUGGAAUCUGAUGGGCAAUGCCAUGGUGAUGACCCAGUAUAUCCGCCUUACCCCAGAUAUGCAAAGUAAACAAGGGGCCUUGUGGAACCGGGUGCCGUGUUUCCUGAGAGACUGGGAGUUGCAGGUGCACUUCAAAAUCCAUGGGCAAGGAAAGAAGAAUCUGCAUGGGGAUGGUCUGGCGAUCUGGUACACGAAGGAUCGGAUGCAGCCAGGGCCUGUGUUUGGAAACAUGGACAAAUUUGUGGGGCUGGGAGUAUUUGUAGACACGUACCCCAAUGAGGAGAAGCAGCAAGAGGCCCAGAAGAGGCGAUACUCUCCAGGAGUGCAGCGGGUGUUCCCCUACAUCUCAGCCAUGGUGAACAAUGGCUCCCUCAGCUAUGACCAUGAGCGAGACGGGCGGCCUACAGAACUGGGGGGCUGCACAGCCAUUGUCCGCAACCUCCAUUAUGAUACCUUCCUCGUGAUUCGCUACGUCAAGAGGCAUCUGACAAUCAUGAUGGAUAUCGAUGGCAAGCAUGAGUGGAGGGAUUGCAUUGAGGUGCCUGGGGUUCGUCUGCCCCGGGGCUACUACUUCGGCACCUCCUCCAUCACUGGCGAUCUAUCAGAUAAUCAUGACGUCAUCUCCCUGAAAUUGUUUGAGCUGACGGUGGAAAGAACCCCAGAAGAGGAGAAGCUGCAUCGAGAUGUGUUCUUGCCCUCAGUGGACAACAUGAAGCUGCCUGAGAUGACAGCACCACUGCCUCCCCUGAGCGGUUUGGCCCUCUUCCUCAUCGUCUUCUUCUCUCUGGUGUUUUCUGUGUUUGCCAUCGUCAUCGGCAUCAUACUGUACAACAAAUGGCAGGAACAGAGCCGAAAGCGCUUCUACUGAGUCCUGCUGCCAUCACUUCUGUGACUGUCCCCGUGAGGUGUGGGAAGGGCAGGUGCUGGCCUGAGUGCGCAGCCUUGUGGAUCUUCUUCAGUCUGCAACCAUGAUCAGGGCUCUGCUCCAUCACCAGAGCUUCGGCUAGAGGGACCCCAUGGUUCCCUGUUGGAUGGUGGGACCCCAUGUGCUCAUGGUCUCCUACCAGGACAUCUGACUCUGGUCCAGGAAGCCACCCACCCUAGGAUAGUGCUGCUGUGAUGUGCCUUUCCCUGCCAUCCUUCUACUUGGGGGCAAGAAGGCAUGGAGAGAAUGUAUGCUGUUGUGAUGCUAAAACCACAGAACAGAAUUUCAUAGCCCAGAGUACUUUGGAUUCAGUGGGCCCUUCUGCAAACUGUAGAAAACUGGUAGCUCCUCAAACACCCAGUCAUUGGUUUUUGCUUUUUUUUUCCCAAGCUGUUAUCCACCUGAGGAUCUGGAUGGGCACUUCUUCCCUGCCUUACCUUCCUUCCUCCUUUCAUUAUCCUUUCCGUGAGCAACUGGAGCUGGAAAAGACUUUUGGAUACCUCUCUGUUGGGGCCUGGGGCUGCAGUGCACACUCCGCUUUCACUGAGCCUCACUGGUGGCCCCAGGAACUUUCCACUUGGCCACCACUCCAGCUUCUAAUCUCCAGCAGGGGAUUGGAUCGGCAAGCUCUCUAAUCAGAUCCUUUCACGGCUUUAGUCAAGGUUGCUGGAAAGUCAGCGAGUGCACAUCAAGAGGAGCUUGAAGGACUUUAUGGAUGCCAUGAGAUUAACUGUGAAACUGACCAGCUCCAGAUUUGACACUGAAAACACCAUCUGUCAUGUGGUCUGAGCAGAUGGGGAUGUUUCAGGACACUUGGAGCCUGCACAGCUGCAUGCUUUGUGUUGACCAUGAUUUUUGGAAUCACACUUUGAUUGUUGGAAGUAUGGAAGCUUUCCUUUUAUAACCUGGGCUUAGAUAUUUCCCCCAAGAGGAAAUUUUUUUUUUCCUCGAUGGAGACAGUUUCUGUGUAGUCGUGUUACAAGUCAGGGAGCAAUAGACCCUCGUCAUCCGGUGCCUGGAAGAACUCACGAUCUUUGAGCAACAAGCCUGAGUGCUCUACGUGUCAGCCUUUACUCUACUGCCUUAUCCGACAAGGGGUCACAUGCUGCUCACCUGUCUGCCCUUUGGUAAAAUUGCUUAGAGGCCAGAGCCUUCCAGGAGGGCCUGGAACUCUGAGCUCUCCUGUGGUCUUCUGUAGCCCAAGAGAAAUUCUGAAAAUGGCUGAUGGAACCAAA